UUUGCAUAAAGUCAUAAUCUAUUCUGCACCAAAUAAGUCUUUUAAGAUGCUAAAAAUACCAAUAUUUUUGUUAAUAUGGGCCUAUUUAUAUGGGGCUUAUGCAGCACCAGAGUAUUAUGUUGAAAGUAUGCCAGGAUUAGCGGAGAAUAAUAACCUAAAACUAUAUUCUGGUCAUAUUGAGGUGAACAAGGAUAACGGAAACUCUCUUUUCUUUUUGCUUGCAGAAAACAAAUAUAUUGUGGAUAAACAGAGAACGGUAAUAUGGUUAAAUGGGGGUCCAGGAUGUUCUUCUAUGGAUGGAGCUUUUUUAGAGAAUGGACCGUUUAAAAUGACUAAAGAAGGGGUUCUUAUGGAGAAUCAAGGAGGGUGGAAUGAAUUUUGCAAUGUUAUUUUUGUGGAUCAGCCGGCAGGAACAGGGUUUAGUUAUAGUUUACCAGAGAAUUAUCCACACGGAUUGACGCAGACUGUUAGUGAUUUUCUUGUUUUUUUAGAUAGUUUUUUUAAAAUAUUUCCGCAAUACAAGAAUGACGAGCUUUAUAUCACAGGGGAAUCAUUUUCUGGACAGUAUGUUCCAUACAUUGCAGAUGCUAUAUUGAAAAGAAACGAACAAGAUGAUAAAAAAAAAUAUAACCUUAAAGGAAUCCUUGUAGGAAAUGGAUGGAUUGACCCGUUAACCCAUUAUAAAUCAUAUUUACCUUUUGCAGUAAAAAACGAAGUGGUCAAAAAAGGUUCUGAACAAGAAAGAAAAAUUCAAGAAGCGGUGAAAAGCUGUGAACUAGCAUUUUCCAAGAAAGAUUUAAAGGAUAUUCAGUACUGUGAUUCUAUUCUUUCAAUGAUCAUUAGGCCCGAUCUUAGGGAAGAUAAAAAAUGUGUUAAUAUGUAUGAUUUAAGGCUAAAAUAUCCAACAUGUGAUAUUAAAUGGCCUGAUGGAGGGGUACAAUUAGGCACUUAUUUAAGAAAACCAGAGGUGUUAAAAGCUUUAAAUAUUAAUAAUGAUAAAGUUUCCUGGCAGGAAUGCAACCUACGUUUCACAGAAAGCUUUUUGAGAUAUAGUUCUCCUCCAUCUGUUGAAUUGCUUCCAGGUAUUUUAAGCAAAAUACAAGUUGUUUUGUAUAGUGGAGAUAAAGAUAUUAUUUGUAAUCAUCUUGGAACGGAAGACCUGAUUAGCAAUUUGGAAUGGAAUGGACGUAAAGGUUUUCUCCGGGAAGAUGGUACUCAAGCACCAAGGCUAGAUUGGGUAUUUAUGGAUAAAGUUGUUGGAUAUUAUCAAUAUGACAGAAACUUAACAUACAUCAUAAUCAAAGAUGCAUCUCAUAUGGUUCCUUAUGAUAAACCGCUAGAAAGUCAGGAUAUGUUAAAUAGGUUUUUAGGAAUUGACCAAGAAGUAAUCAAGAAAAUUCGUGAAUCAAAAGCUAAAAGUGAAACUAAUCUUUUCAUUCCUAAUUCUAAAGAUAAUGAUUUAUAUGAAAAACAGAAAAUCGCAUGGAGAUUAUAUUAUCAUAUCGUGGCUAUUAUUCUCAUCUUUAUAUUAAUCGGAAUUAUUUAUUUAACUUGGCGCCAUUAUAGAAAUCAUAAAAUGAAUGAUCAAUAUAUCGAUAAAUUUAGUCAUUCAUCUGAUUCUGAAUAUUGGAAUGAAAAUGGAGUACAAUAUUAUAAAAAUAUGAACCGUUCUUUUAAUCGCAAAAAUGAUUUUCAAAAUUUUGAAAACUAUCCAAACACAAUAUAUAAUAAAACACCUUAUGCAAAAACAUCACAAACAUCACAAACAUCACAAACCAGAGAAAGUUCAGUUCUAGACUAUAAUGAGCCAUCUCACACAACUCAUUGAUUAUAUUUAUAUUUCAACACAAUAGGUUUUCCAAAUACUUUUUAUA